AUGACGACAAAAGUUUGGAGUCGAAACACGCAAGCGGGUGCUGCUCUGGAGAAAGUGCAAGAAGCCAUUCGCAACCCCACAGCAGCAUCAAUUCCAAAGCCGCCUUCUGACCUUGAUGAGCUCAAGGCUGAUAGUGAUUCAUUUACCUUGACUUCAUUCACCACAGAAGAUGCUUUCGAGCUUGGGAAUCUUCUCUACGCCCGACUCUACCCCUUCGCUGUUCAGGGCAAGCCAACAGUGAUUUCAAUUGCUCUUGCAAACACUUCCCAGGUUAUCUUCCAGACCGUGAUUGGACCUGGCACGGCGCCUGACAAUGAGCAAUGGGUCCGCCGCAAGAGAAACACAGUCCUUAGAUUCGGUUGCAGCACCUGGUUUAUGCACAACAAGCUCAAGGGCGAUGAGGCUGCUUUCGCUGCAAAGUAUGCUAUCGCCGACUCCAACAAGGGCGACUACGCUAUCCACGGCGGAGCCAUCCCUAUUCGUGUUCGAGGCGUUGAGGGAAUUGUAGCAGUCGUUGUCGUGAGCGGACUGAAGCAGGAUGAGGAUCAUGGAGUUAUUGCAGACGUCAUCAAGAAGAACUGGAACUAA